AUGGCGAUCGAAGAAGUCAAGACCACUGGCUCCGAUGCCCAAGGCACGGACUCAAAGCUUGAACCAAGAGUCUCCUCUGCAGACUCUUCAUCAUCGUCUACAUAUGACGGUCCUCGUGCAUUGGUCAAGCAGACCGACUGUGCUUUUGACACUACUGAAGACCCGCGCUAUUACAAACCCAUCCCUGAAUAUGAAGGUGCUCAUCGCUGGGACCCCGAUUUUGAAUGGACAGAAGACGAGGAAAAGGCCGUGGUCAGAAAGAUCGACUGGCGUGUGUGCACAUUCGCCUGUGUGACUUUCUUUGCACUCCAGCUUGAUCGAGGCAACAUUGUCCAAGCUACAUCAGAUAACAUGCUGGACGACCUUGGCAUGAGCACUAACGACUAUAAUACUGGCCAAACAAUUUUCUAUCUGACUUUCCUGUUUGCCGAGCUCCCCUCGCAGCUUCUGUCGAAAUGGUUCGGUCCCGACCGCUGGAUUCCCGUCCAGAUGGUGUCCUGGAGUAUUAUUGCCGCCUGCCAGGCAUUUAUCAAGAGCAAGAACGGCUUCUACGCGACUCGUGCUCUACUGGGUCUCCUUGAGGGUGGCUUUAUUCCCGAUACCAUUCUCUUCCUGUCCUUCUGGUACAAAUCCAAGGAGUUGCCUAUCCGUCUGAGCUACUUCUGGGUUACAUAUGAAGCGACGUCAAUCGUCAGCGCUUUCCUUGCUUUUGGCUUCCUGCAUAUUCGCAUGUCGGACGGCACUGGAGGCUGGAGAUACCUCUUCGCUCUGGAGGGAAUGAUCACUGGCUUGAUUGGUAUUAUCGCUGCGAUCUGGAUGCCGCCCUCUCCUACGCAGACCGCGGGUCGGUUCCGUGGUAAGGAUGGUUGGUUCAAUGAGCGCGAGGAGAAAAUCAUGGUCAAUCGUGUCCUGCGCGAUGACCCUAGCAAGGGAACUAUGCACAAUCGUCAACCUGUUACUCCGAAGUUGCUCUGGCAGGCCUUGAAGGACUACGAUAUGUGGGUUAUUUACCUUCUUGGUCUGACCUGGAUGAUCCCCAACACCCCUGCGACAGCAUACAUCAGUUUAGAAUUGAAGUCCCUGGGUUUCAGCACUUUCCAUACCAACCUUCUCACAAUUCCAGCCUACGUCAUCUUCAUUAUCAAUCUCCUGAUCUGGACCUGGGUCUCUGAGCGCUUCAAUCAGCGGUUGCUGCUUGGUGUCGGCGCCGAACUCUGGGCGUUGGUCAUGCUGAUUGCCUUGGAGGUUCUUCCCGAGGAUGCUAGUGCUUGGGCUCGCUGGGUGCUCCUCAUCAUGCUAAUUGGUAUGCCUUACGUGCAUGCUAUCAUCGUUGCGAUCACAUCCCGAAAUGCGGGCUCUGUGAGAACACGGACAGUUGCAAGUGCCGUCUACAAUAUGAUGGUCCAGGCGAGUAACAUCAUCGGCAACAACGUUUACCGCACCGAAGACAAGCCAUACUACCGCACUGGUAAUAAGGUGCUUAUUGGCCUUUCGGUGUGGAGUGCGUUUAUAUUUAUUGUCGCCAAAAUGUACUACGUGUGGCGCAACAAACAAAAUGCCGCUGUCUGGGACAACAUGUCCAGCGAAGAGCGAGAGCGAUAUGUGGCUGAGAACAAAGAUCUCGGAAACAAGAGAGUCGACUUCCGCUUCUUGCAUUAA